AUGGCGGAUCAAUUGACUGAUGACCAGAUCUCUGAGUUCAAGGAAGCCUUCAGUUUGUUCGAUAAGGAUGGCGAUGGUUGCAUCACCACCAAGGAACUGGGGACUGUGAUGAGAUCGCUAGGACAGAACCCAACUGAGGCAGAACUCCAGGACAUGAUUAACGAGGUUGAUGCUGAUGGAAACGGUACCAUUGAUUUUCCCGAGUUCCUGAACCUGAUGGCAAGGAAGAUGAAAGAUACCGACUCCGAGGAGGAGCUGAAAGAGGCAUUCAGAGUUUUUGACAAGGAUCAGAACGGUUUCAUCUCUGCAGCUGAGCUCCGUCAUGUUAUGACGAACCUCGGCGAGAAGCUUACCGAUGAAGAGGUUGAUGAGAUGAUAAGAGAAGCUGAUGUUGACGGUGAUGGCCAGAUAAAUUAUGAAGAAUUUGUGAAGGUUAUGAUGGCUAAGUGA